AUGGUUAGCGAGAGUCCCAACGACAAGCCCAGUUCGACCGCCACGCCCGUCGAAGCCAGUCUUCCCGCCGUCACUCCCACAACGGAACGGACACGGCAGAAGCGACCUCGUGCAGCGGUGGAUCCCGGCACGCCCAAGGGUGAUGGAGACGAGGGGAAGGGCCCGUCCAGCAUGACGCCGCUCGCGAAGAAGGGCCGUGUCGAGGAAGGAGAAGAAGGCGGUUCGGACAAUGAGCGGUCUGCGACCCCACCUCCCGCCGGCGAGGCUUCCAACUCUCGUCCGUCAACUCCGUCGCAGGACGUCAGCCCAACCAAACCGCCUGCGACGGAAGGCAAGGAUACGAAGAAGCUGCGCGAGCGCGUUGCGGCGAUGAAGCCGCCCGGCCAGACCGGCGAGAUUGAGGAGGGUUCGACACAGGACGUCGAGAUUGCCGAGGUUGCGGACGAGGUCUCGGCCUCCGCUGCCAAGCUCGGCAACGAGCAGGAAGCGAAGGAGACGAAGGACGUCGAGAUCGCGGAGGUUGCGGCUGACGUCGGCAAGUCUGCGGAACAACUUGCGCAGCAGGACGAGCGCAAGGAGCAGGACGACAUGGAGGGGAUCGGAAAGGGCGCGUCGAAGGAGGUUGCGGACACGGCGGCCGAGGUGGCGGAGUCGGCUGCGAUAGUCCAGGCAAAAGACGAGAAGAUCGCCGACGCCGCCAGCGAGGUCGCGGAAUCUGCCAAGGAGGUUCCGGAACCGACGCCCGCACCGACACCAAAGCCAAACACGUCGGACCAAGCUUCCUUCUCAAGCUACUCCUCGACCGCCUCACCCUUCGCCGCAUUCGCCUCUACCUCUUCUCCUCUCGCUUCCGUUCCGGCGCUUGCAAAGCCAUCUGCAGAGCAGCAGAAGCCGAAGACGAAGUCGACGUUCUCGGCCGCUCCUUUCGCCGCCUCGUCCAUUCCUCCAGCUGUUCCUCCCGCCUCCACGACCGACAAGCCCGCUUUGACUGAGCCUGUCGCCGUCGCAUCGACUUCGACGCCCUUCACCAAGGCAGCACCGACGACCAACCUCGCCGCGGCGUCACCUUUCUCUGCCUUCGCCUCGACAAGCGGGUUCGCCGCUGCCGGCAAGUCGAGCGCCUCGUCUGCCUUCAGUGCGUUUUCAGCUACGCCGUCGGCUUUCACCGCCGUUCCCUCAUCCGACUCUGGCGCGACGUCGUCGUCCGCGUCGCCCGCGCCUGCCGAUACUGAGGAGAAGCGCGUCUACACCGAGCAGGAGGUCGUGACGGGCGAGGAGGAUGAGGAGACCGUGCACAGCGUCCGGUGCAAGCUGUUUGCGAUGCACGAGGGCAACUGGGUCGAGAGGGGGACCGGGCCGUUCAAGGUGAACCAGACGAAGAAGGAGGGCAAGCACAGCGCUCGACUAGUCAUGCGCGCGGACGCUACCCACCGCCUACUGCUCAACGCGCCGUUGUUCCGCGAGUUCGUCAUCGACGUCAGCAACGAGAAGUACGUGCGCUUCACGGUCAUUACAGGCGACGGACCGACGAGCUACAUGUUGCGGACGGCCAACGCGGCGGCGGCGCAGAACCUGGUGCAGGCCGUGCGGGACAAGGCAGCAACGCUGUAG